AACUUCCACUUAAUUUUCAACCCCCAAAACCCUAAACCCCUCCAACGCCAGAAACUCAAAUUGCCAAUCUCCAAAACCCUAAACCCACCAACACCCACACUGAAAACCCCCUCCAAUCUCCCUUUGUUCAACCUUUUUUUCUUCUGUGAACCCCACGAAUGGCCUCGAAGCUUCUCAAAAUCGGUUCCCUGGAAGCCCAAAGCCAAAUUGAACUCUCUCUCAGGCAAGCCUUUGAGUUGCUUGAACCCCAACUCAGACCCCCAUUUCCGUUAACAAUCCCGACCCCGGAAGAGUACUUACAGCUCAAUUGGGCCAUUCUUUAUGGGGUUUUAUGUGAACCUCAUUUUGCAAAAAUCCAAAUUAAGUAUUUACAUGCUAUUGUGACUGAUGGGUAUUGCCUUUUUGUGAGUUUACUUACCACAAUUGUUAAUGAAUUGUACUUUAAACUUGUUGAAUCAGCGAGAAUUCAAUUGAUUUGGUUAGUUUCGGAGAUGAUUUAUGUUUCGGCUGAAGGGAUCGAUGGUGUGUUGGUGUCACUUUUGAGGCAAAUCGUUGGUGGGGAUUUUAGUGACGGGAAUUUACGGUUGUGUUUUGAGUUGGUUAGUCUUUUUUUGAGCAAAUGGAAUUGGUUGGUAGAGGAAGGACCAUUGGUUUUGAGAAGUGGAUUGUAUACAUAUCUUCGGGUAUUAGCUGAUCAUUGUAGGUUUCCGGGUGAUUCGAAGUUGGAGGCAUUGAGGCGAAUUGAAAUUGAGUUUUGUAUUAGAGUAUUGAGGGAGCAGUUCCAUUUGUGUUUGAAGAUUGGGAGGGAUCUCAUUCGCCUUUUACAGGACUUGGUUCAUGUGCCUGAGUUUCGGGCUGUAUGGAAGGACUUGGUGUUAAACCCGGGUGAGUUUAAGACUCAAGGGUUUGAAGAUGUUUCACAACUUUAUCGUGAGAGGACAUCAAGUCGGUAUUUUUUACUUAGGAUCACUCCAGAAAUGGAGAGCCAAUUGCGGUUUUUACUUACCCAUGUGAAAUUGGGAAGCCAGAAGAGGCACCAGGCAUGGUUUAUGAGGAAGUUUCUUUGUGGGUCAGAGAGAGAGACUCUUAUAUGUGAUAUUGUUCGGUUUAUAUGUUGUGGACACCACCCAUCUAACGAUAUUAUUCAGUCGGAUGUCAUGCCAAGAUGGGCUGUUAUUGGUUGGCUACUGAAAUCUUGUAGGAAGAGUUAUGUUGAAGCCAAUGUGAAGCUGGCCCUGUUUUAUGAUUGGCUUUUCUUUGAUGAAAGAAUUGACAAUAUCAUGAAUAUUGAACCUGCUAUGCUUUUGAUGGUAAACUCUGUACCAAAAUAUGUGGACAUGACCCACACUCUGCUUGAGUUUUUGUUGCUUCUUGUGGACAAUUAUGACAUUGAGAGAAAGGAUAUUAUAGUUAGGGGUGUAGCAUCGGCUUUUAAUAUGCUUGUCAGAAGGGGAGUGAUUGGAUCCAUUCAUGUUUUGACUUCUUGUGAUGCACUUUCUCCCUCACUCAAAGAGUGGCUUGGAAGGUUUUUGAAAGCUGGAGUUUCUAAAGAAGUGCAGCCCGCCCAUCUUCCUCGUCCUUCUGUUCCAUCCUCUAUUCUUCCAAGUUUGACAACUUCGGAAACUGAGAUGGCUGUAAUGGGAGAGCUAAUAGCAUCUAAGUGUGCCACAAAUGAUGGAGUUGGCACCAAAGCUUUUGAUGCUUCUGUUCCGAUUUCAGUUGAACCAGUUAUGUCUUGUAGUUCAUUAGUUGUAACUAGUGAAAGUUUAGAUGAUGCUAUAGAGAAUUGGGUUCAAAGGCUUGGAGAAACUGUUAGAAAGUCAAACACAAUUGACAUUCGGAUUUUGGAGAAGAUACUGCUCUCAUUUGCAAAUCUUGAUGAUCACAAGGUAACAGGUGACUUUGCUCUUAGUCCUCAGUCUUUAUCUUCUAAAAUAGCAAAGGAACUUGAGUUGAAUGGGUACAAGCUGUUUUCUCCCCUGGAAUCCUUCCCAAAUAAUUCCAAUUGUGAUGAUGAAGUACACUCUGCAACUGCUUUAAUUAUUCGUACUUUUAUCUUUUCUCAGCAUGAGAGGUUGCAGGAAAUGCUUUUAUCCUGGUCUAAACAUGGAUUUCCAGUUGGAAAAUGCUUGUUAUCUUAUGCAUUGAGACUAGCUUAUGAGGCGCAUGCGGCAGGUUAUUUGGGGAAUGUGAUGGUCCCUGACGAUUCUGUCAAGGUAAAUGAUUUAGGAAUGCCAUUGUUAGUCUUUCACAUGGAUGUGUAUUUUUCAUUUCUCAAUGGUGGAAGAAAAGAUCCUCCUGAAGCUGACCUUUCUGCUUCUAAGAUAGACCAUCAAUUAGUUGCUAAAUUGGUUGAUGGUGCUUUUUCUGCCUACAGAUGUUUCCUUAUGUAUUCAAGAAAUGGUUUACAUAAAGAAGCUGAUAUGACUCUAGCUAGGCUCUUGAUUUCUGAUUUAGGGUCUUGUUCUAAAUGGGAAAAGAAGAUGUUGAGGUUUUCAUUCUGCAGCAUCUUUUGCCACCUUUCUGAUUUAUCCACUGGUGAGGAAGAUAUCAUUAAGUUACUUGUGGCCCUGUUGGAUCAUGCUAAUAUUGUUUUUAUGCAGUUUGAGAUAGCCUUGAAAAAGUUCUCCAUAUUUGGGGUGAACACUGAGACUAUUUUCUACUUAAUCAAGAACUCCCUUAAUUGGGGCUUUGAGGAACAACACAAGGUCUGGGGCUUAAUUAGAUCAGAGCUUGCAGUUUCUAAGGUUCAAGUAGAGAAGUUGAUUUUGGAAAUCUUCUGCUCGGGUAUUUUAGAUCCAAAUUCAGCUUCCAUUGCAGUUGAAGGCCUUCUAAUGCUGUGCAGUAGUUGCAUGCCCACACCGGAGCUUGUUGGAGCAAUUAUGUUAUUACCUAAUAAUGCAUUCCAGGACUUCUCUGCUGCCGUUCUGGCAACUUGGGCUGUGUCUAAUGCCUCAAUGUUGUUUGACAGUUUAGCCAAUUUCUUGGAGAAACUUGAUAGCAAGAAAGGGGAUUUUACACUUUUCUCUUCGACUGGGAUUAGGAUCAACCAUUCUGCCAUUUCUUGGUUGUUAAAUUAUUUUAAUACACAGGGGAUGAAAGGCAAUGAUAUUCUGAACAAGUUGUCUGUAAAUAUUCCAGACAUGAAAUCGGUUCUUCAGUUGUGAUGAGAAACAGAUAUUUCUCUUCCAGCAAAAGGUGCAUGGGCUAUGCUUCUAUAUCAUGGAGCUUGAUCAUAGUCACAUUUUCUGCGAUAUGUACAUAUGAAAUUUCAAAGAUUGAAUAAUUAAUGUCCUUGGCAUUGUUGUGGACAUUAUCUGCUUGUUCCCUUGACCAGAGACAAGUUUCUAAUGGCAUGUGCCAACUUUAUUUUUGGAAGAGCUUAUGAGAGAUAUGAAUGUCUUGCUUAAAGCCCUUAUUUUUCCUUUACAGCAAAGCGGAUCUAGGCCACCAAGUCCAGCUCCUGGAAGGCUCAUUGACAUCAUGACAGCCCUGCAACUUGUGCUGAAUGUACCACUGGUAUAGGAUGGGCUUACUUCAGACUCCAUAGAAGUGCAGACAUAAUCAGAAGCUGGCUAUGCCGCUGUGUUUCUAUGUUGGGGUGCUUUCUACAAGGGACGUCCUGAGAGCUUGAGCCCCCUGCUCUAGAAGAGGCAAUUAUGACACUCUUUGUUUCCAUCGAACAAUCUGACAAGUGGGUAUAUCUGUCGAGAAUCAAAUUGAGCAUUGAAUUCUUCUCUUUAAUGGUACUGCAGCGUCAGUGACUUUGUAUGCAAGAACCAUCAGCCAGGCAUGGCUAUUAAGAUUCAAGGUUAGAUUUCCCUUGCUUCUUGAUGGGCUUAGCAUUGAGCAUUGUUAUUGUGAUUUGUGAGAACUAUCUUUGUUAUUUCAACAAGUUUCCAUGUUCCAAUGAAGUCCUUGGGUUUGUUAUCAAAGCAACCAAACUGCUCUUGCUAUAUCAGUAACUUUGCCAUGCUGUACUGGUUUACUAUUUUUAGGAGUCCAUGUAUGGUGUUAACACAAAAACUCCAAAAAUAUACUGAAUCUUUCAUU